GGUAAUUGAAAUGAAAAAAGUCUAAAUUUUGAAAUCUUCAAGAACUUGUGUUAAAUAGAGAAAAUAAUAAAAAUGUAACUCAGUAAUGGUGAGUAGGUGGGUAAUUUAGCUAGCUUUAAUGUAAACAAACCUAACAAACCUAACUGGCCAGGGUGUUCUCUUUGAUAUAUUGACACUUAUGUAAGUUCCUACACGGCAAAAAAAGGUGAGUACCUACCUACGUUAGGUUUUAUAAUCAUCAUAUAUGUAUUUGUGAAAAUGCGUUAUGCGAUUUGUAUUAUAUUUUAUAACCAUCAUAUUAUAUUAUACACAUAAGAAUUUACAUAAUAUAUAAUAUUAUUUCUACAGUAUACGCAUACGCCCAAAAUGACUAAAUUUUUUGGGGGGACUCCAGCACCACUCCCAUAGGCCAUAUUGCUUAGUAUCAAAGAAUAUAAAAAUUAGUACUAAUUACUGGAUUAUGAACUGGGGGGAUUUGACCAAGAUUUGGGGGGACUAAGUCCCCCCAAGCCAUCCUCUAUUUACGCCAAUGAGUAUGUGCAUUAACAUAUGUACCUGUUUUUUACCUUGUAGGAACUUACAUUAUGUAGAGUAACCUGGGGUAUUAUAAUGGCGCAUUGGGCAAAAAUUGCCUAUAUCUCAUUGUAUAUUUAAUAAUUGCUAUCUGGUCAAACAUUUUUGUUAUUAUGAUUAUGUUAUCUUGGCAAAACGUGAUAAACAUUUGGAAUGUUCUCCUUUGGAAAAUGGAAAUUGGAAUACUCAAAUUACAUUGCGUACCUACUUAAUUAAUUGAAAUUUGUAUCGUAUUUACUGUAAGACGAAAUCAUGGUCCAUCGUUGUAUAUUGUGUUGUAGUGCAUCAAAUACACACAAAGACGUCAGUUUCCAUCAGUUUCCAAAGAAUGAAACUAGACGAUCAAUUUGGAUUGACUCUUUAAGUAUAAAAGAAGUUGUUAAAGACUGGCAUCGAAUUUGUAGUGUACACUUUUCUCCAGAACAUUUUACUUUUAAAAAUGAACGAAAGAUUUUAAAAAUAGGCGCUAUUCCAAAAAUGAAAGAAGAUAAAGAUGAAGUCGGAAAUUGUGAAACUUCCUUAGAACAUGACGUGAAUUUAAUGAGUAACAGUUUAGUUGAAGUUGAUUGUUGUCCUGAUAUUGACUUUUCAAAUGAAUCUCCACCAAGUACAAGUAAAAGGUUAAAAAGUCCAUCAAAAAACACCAAGAAAAAGAAGAAAAAAUCUAAGGUAUCCAAUGUUUUAUUUAUUUAUACUAUUUUGCAAUUUAUUUGAAUUAUUAGAAAUAUUUGUCUAAUGCUGACAAAAGUAGACUUUGAAAGCUGUUGGGCAUUUUUGUAAAAUAAAUAAACAUGCAGAGAUUCUUAAAAAUUUCAUUUUAGUUUAUAUUAGCAUUGUCUAUAUGCGAUACAAUUUUCAAAAAAUAUUGAUUUGUUUUGAACUGUUUGAACAGACGUUAUCAGUUUACAAUUUUUUUGGUUUUGUUUUCUGACAUUUGUAAUACAUUAAAAAUCCAGUCAGAAUUUUUUUAUAAGCAAUUAAAGUUUGAAUUUUUUAAAAAUCGCGAAAAUAUGCAAAUUACUUUGAGUUAGAAAUUCCUAAAUAAUAUCCUUUUUAAAUCUCAGAUUUUAAAAUUUAUUCUAAGAUUCCAUAUAAGGUUAUCUACCUUUAUCAGAAAAAAAAAUUAUAGUCGGUACCUUCGGGUGAAAUAAUUUAAGGUGUUAUUGAAUUCAAAAAAUUACUAUAAUAAAAAUAUACAAUAUCAUAAAAAUUAUAAAUUCAAACUCUCAUAAAAAAAAUAUUGUUACUUAACGCUAUACUUAUUAUUUUGUUAUAAAUAUAAAAUUUUGUUGGGAACCUUUUAUUAAAAUUUCUUAUCUUAGGUUUGAAAAAAAAAAUGUUACUAAUAAAAGGUUCCUCAUAAGUUUGUGUAUCUUUAUUAAAAAAAAGUCUACCAGAAAGUCAAAUUUAACUUUUAUGUGCGUUUGAACUUCAUAUUUUUACAGCAUUUGAUAUUCACUCGAUUUCUCAUGUAGCAAUUUCCUUAUUUUGUUGUAAUUCAAAAACAAAUAACUGUAGAUACUGUGGAGUGUUUUUUUUUCUAUAGUUAAUAAUAUAGAUUUGGUGGUGUGAAAAUGUACCACAAGGCUCUUCAUAUAUUGUUACAAUAGUCGUUGAAAAAUAUUAAAAAUACAUAUUAUAAACAAUUUUUUUUUAUAAGCAUUUAAAGUUCAAAUUUUGACAGAAUGUAUCAAAUUUAAAAUUUAAUUAUUAUUUUGCAGUAAAAAAUUAAUAAAAUAACUAACCUAACUUUUAUAGCUAAGG